AUGCUUCCUCUAGAUGGUAAGAAACUUUAUUCUACACCUGCUGCAGGAGUGUGACGAUAGUUCGUUGUUUUUUCUGUUUGGGUUGUGAGAAUUUAAGAUUUCCUUCAUGAGGCACGUUGAGCAAUACUAUUGUACAUGCCCAGGAAACGUCCGUGAGCAGGGGUACUGGCCCUAACCGGUACUUUUCCCCGGUGGACCGGUCACGGGAUGAAUUUGAUCCGUAUAACUUUGUUUUGCCAUGCCACGUCUUGUCUUUGUAACUACUGUAACUCUCCCGGCCCGGGGAGAGAGACAUGCAUCUGCUCGGCCCACAGUGCUGAGCUGCAGACACAGCAGAGAGGUGACGAUUGGCCCCGUGCUUGUCUGUCUAAGAAUACCUGGCUCAAUGGCCCUAUAAGAGGCUACAGAGGCCCAGGAGUCCCACCCAUGCAUGUUAAUGUUCAGCAACGACAACACACCAGCACACAGGAGAGUAGGAAAAGUAAAUAACGCAAAGACGAUGCGUAAAAAUGAGGAAAAGGAAAAGCUCCCGCAGCACAUGUUGAUAAAAUUCAAACAAUUACGUGAGUCUGAAGAAAGUUCGGCUCCUGUUACCACUGCUGCCCUUAUGGUAACUGAGGAAGACUCUCCACCCUAUGAAGGAGGUAGUGAUACCGUGGUAAGCAGGUAUGUGCCUUCCAGAAUGGCGUGGAUAAACAGUCAUUAUUCAUUUCAGUGGUUCAGAACUAGAGUUGCACCGAUCCUUUUUUCCCGAUCCAAUCCGAUGCCGAUACCUGGGCUGAGCGUAUUGGCCGAUAUCCUAUACUGAUCCAAUACUACCGUUAAAUGAAUGAACUGUAUACCUUGCCCUGUGAGUGAAGGCAUCAGGCUUGACAUUAGCCUUGUUGAAAAAGAGGUAACAAAUUGACAGAUGUAUAAAUUUACUUCAUAAUAUUUAACAAAUUGCACAUUAGCACACAGCAAAAAGAAGUAAGACUUCCACACAAACAUUUAGUGCAAAAGGACAGACAGACAUAGAAUGUAGAGCAAACAAUAUCACUGUGUUGCUGUGUAUGUUAUUAAUAAAAAAAAAAAAACUGGAUUGGAAUGCUGGAUUGGCGUCAUUCAUCAGAUAUCCGAUACAGUUACUUUAUCAAUAUUGGAACUGAUAUCCAAUCCAAAUAUCGGCUUGGUGCAUCCCUAUUCAGAACGGUUGCUUAACUGUCCAUGAACUUUACUUCUCAUAAUAAAGAGAAAUGAAUGGUUGAGAUUUUGCGCGUGGAGACAUAGACUACUAUGUAAUGCUAUCGUGCUGUCGUUGCUGAAGUUGGGAUAACUAGAGAAGAAGUGGUCGGCAACAUUCAUUUCUCAAGAGGGUGUCUAACUCAGUGUUACAAUGUGUUUGACCAUAACUUAAUUUUACACCAGAAUAUCCCUUUAAGUGUUUCAACCUGCUUAUUGAAAGUGCCGCAGUGUUCAUAACAUUCUGUAAACCUGUUUCCCGUAUAGCAAGCAGUUGGGAGGUACAUGACGUAUCUGGACAGAAACGAAAGGCCCUUCCUCAGGAUGUUCCGUUGCACACUAGAAGUUUGGAUUUGCAGAGAAACAAACUGAAACGGGUCACCGGCAUCUCCAGAUUUAUCUUCCUCACUGAGAUCAAUCUUUCAAGGAACAAGAUAGUGGAGUUUCCUCAUGAAAUGCACAACCUUCAGAAACUAGAGGGGCUCUACCUCAACCAGAACAACAUCAAAUCCAUUCCAGAGGAAAUCUUUCCACAUCUUAGGAGGUUAAAGUUCCUCAAACUCAGCAGCAAUCGCCUAACCAAGCUUCCCUCAGACAUAAACCAGAGCACCAGUAUUAUUUACCUGGACCUUUCCAAGAAUUGCCUGCAAGACAUCCAACCAUUGGUGGGCCUCCCAAAGUUGAAGGAGCUUUUGGUUGAAAAGAAUCAGCUGACCGAGCUCCCGUCUCAGCUUUUUCAGAAUGGUACCUGUGAGCUGUCUGUGUGUAAAGCUAUGGGGAACCCUCUGAGGUGCCCACCAGAGGAGGUCUGUGCUGGAGGGAUCAUGGACAUCAAGAGCUAUUUCCAACAAAUGGAGGAAAACCCAAGCACACGAAGCGCCUUGACAGUAAAGACCAUGUUCUUGGGCUGCUCCAUGGCAGGGAAGUCAACCUUGUGCCGCAGCCUAAAAAACGGCAAGCCUGUUGCUGUGGCGGUGGAGGACCGGACUGAGGGGAUAGAGAUCAGCCAACUCUAUGCACAGGGGGUCCGUUUCCUCUUCUGGGACUUUGCAGGGCAGGAGGAGUACUACCUGACACACCAUGUCUUCAUAACUCCACGAGCCCUUGUCAUCCUCACUGUUGAUUUAGCCAGGUAAGCAGGUCUGAUGACCGGAAAAGUCCCUGAACAUGCCUUCUGUGCAGGAGACCUUAAAAUAGUUUCAAUCAUCACCACAUAAUUUUAUUUGUUUCAACAGCUACAGCACUGUAGACCCACAAUCUUUCAAAGACAAGAUUUGGUUCUGGAUUAACAACAUACAGCUGCGUGUCCCAGACUCUGUGGUCCUGUUGGUGGGGACACACUGUGACCAGUGCAAAGACCAGAAGGAGGUGAUGGAGAAGAAGGACGACAUCGAGGAGAAGGUCAAGACCAUGUUGGCAAACAGGAGGGCAGUUCUACAACAACAGAAGAGAAAUCUAGAAGAAGACUUGAAUCCCUCUCUCUUCGCGGACCAGCUGGAUGAGCUAGAUUGCCUUUUGGAAUACAAUCUGAAGGUAUUUGAUUAUUUUUAGAUUUUUCAUAUUAAAUAAAAGCUUUUCAUAUUUGACUCCAGUAUGUUUCAUUAGUUUGCAUACACAUAGGUAUUUGAUUUCAUAGGUUCCUCCUGCAAAUAAGCAACUGUAUCGUGCCACUGUCUUUCUUGGUUGGUCUUUUACAGCUGCUCUUUGCCUUAUUUUAGGUUUUGGAUCUCUUACCCAUCAACUGCACAAAAAUAGAGGAUGUCGUGAAGCUGAGAAGUCACAUCAUGACAAGCAUUCAGUCAGAGAGUGUGUUUCUGUAUUCUGGGAGCAUCUUACCAAAAAGCUACGAAUUAGUGGAGCAGGCCAUCCAUGCUCUGCAUUCGCUGAAAGAAAUCCCGCAACAUGGUAAGCUAGUUUUUCGACUCAGAGGAUCCUCAAACUGUAUUGCAAAGUAAAUUGAAUCUUAAGUUAUUGUUUUUUAAAUUGUUUUCCACUUUAGGUAUUAUACAAGUUGAAGAGCUGGGUGAUCUAAUUUUGCGCUAUGUCCAACUGAGCAGAGAGAGUCUCCACUCCAUCCUCCGAUUUCUCCUGCGGUAUCUGCAUCGGAUUGGAGUGAUUGUUUGGUACGAAGAGAUCAGCGCGCUCAGUGACAGAGUGUUUAUCCAGCCUUCAUUUCUCAUCACUAUGUUCAAGGUCAGUGUUUUUUAUUGUCCCACAGAGUACAUGCACCGGUCUAAAAACAGAUUUCUGAAACUUAUAAGAAAGGAGAACUUGUUUGGAAUCACGGUACAUCAUAGAAGCUAGCAAAUAUCUGUCUGCAGCCCUCCACAAGACCAAGAAGCAAUGACAGGUACUGCCGUGAUAGUCAUCAUAGCAGAUAAACACAUUUUUGAAAAGUUUAUGAAUCAUUGCACUAAAUACCCUCUACUCUCUUUGCACCUGUAGACCAUUGUAAGAUAUGACCUGGUGAAGCAACUGGAAGGGGUCUCCAAAGAUCUUCUCAUGCAGGAGGGGGCUCUAGUCAAACAGAAGUUCACCUGGGUGGAUGAUCUGAGGUGCAGAGGAACUUUGCACAAUGCAGCUUUGCGGAUCUUGGUCCGCAGAGGGAUCGAGGAACUGAUCAAGAAUGAGGAUGACCUGGUUGUGGAGGUGGUGGGAACCAAAAGAGAGGAAGGCAUUAUUCUGACACUCCUGCAACAUUUUGAGGUCUGCCUCCCCACUGUUGUCGGAGGGACCCUGAACCCACAAGCGCCAGAGUUCAUUCCUGGUGACAAACAGUGGAAGUCAGCGAGGGAGGCGAAAAGAGAUCCAGACGGAGCCUGUCUCUUUCCCAUCUACCUCAAGGAUGACUCCAUAGUGUGCCAAAAGUGGGGAGAGGACCGUCAAGACGACCUCAGUGUUCAUGUGUACUUCCUCCCCGAGAUUCCCCAUGGCUUCUUCCACAGGUAAAAUAAUUUGUGGCAUGCUCCAUCUCUCUUGAUGGAUUCAGAAAGAUAAUAAGAUAGACGCUUUUUAAAAAAAAUCCCCAGUCAAAAGUCUUUUUCUUGUGCCUCCAUUAUUAAGUAUUUAGCAGAUAUUGUGGCCUCGUCUCUCCACUCACAGGCAGUGGAUUACACACCAGUUGUGUGGCCGUCUAUCACUUAGAAGACUUAGAUAGUCCCCUAACCCUAACCCUCAUUUGUCACCAACUAACCUCUAGUCUGUCUCUGUUGUAUUUAACCAUCAGGGUGAUCGUCAAGACCUGUUCCUUGUACCCGACUCACUGGGUGGGGAGAGAGCAGUGUCUCCUCUGCUGCGGAAACCGACUGUGUCUGGUGAGACAGAACGAUAAAGACGAAGACCCGUUCAUAGAGAUACGCAGCAGGAGGCCAGAGCAGGACGAGGGUAAGAGCUUGUGAUCACUCUGUACCUGAGAUGUGCACAAACUUAGACUUGACAAUGACAAACAUCUGUUUACCUCCUCAGGGUUCAGGUCUUUGUGGGAUCUGAUCUUAGCGGUGAUGUCCAAGCUGUUUGUGCUGUCCAGACAGUGGCCGGGCCUGACCCAGCAGGUUCACACACCCUGUCCAGAGAAAGGCUGUCCACACUACUUCACCUGGAGGGACUGGCAGGAGCUCAACAACACUGACUUCUACAACCUGUAAGUGUUUUGUGUGGUCUCAUUAGUGUGCUGAACAGUAGAUUAGAGGAAGAAGGGCUGUGGCUUUGCAGAAAGUUUCAAAGGGUUAAAGUCAUGUUGUCAUUAUUACCUUAACCUAUAACAGAUUCAUACACCGAGUGCUGUCAUUAUCACAUAUCUGCGUGUACCUGUGAUGGGUCGUUAUUAAAGGUGUUUUUAAGGGCUGUUGCAAAAUUGUGUCAUCUCCAGUCACUGUCACUGAUAUGAUACUAAAAAUAAGCAUAUAGUGAUAGCGUGAGUUUAUAGUCGUGGUCCUUGCCUCACAUCAUAAAACAUAGGAGAGAUGAAGAAGUAACAGCUACCAGCGAGCUACCUAUAGCAGCCUUCUGAGAGAUGACUCUGCGCUUCAAAAAACAGAUUUUUAAGAUCAAUAGUGAAACCAAAAACAAUGUUAAAGCUAGUUUUUUUUUUGGAUAAAACAAUUGAUAAUUUGUAUUUUCUAGCUGCUUUUUGAACAAAAAAUAGCAUACACUUCAAAAUAAAAGCAGAAUUUGACCAGGUAGGAAGUAAAGCACAUAUGUCAGAGUCAAGGCCCGCGGGCCACAUCCGGCCCGCGAGAAGGUUUUUUACGGCCCCUGGGAUGAUCUUGAUUUAUUAUUAGAACCAGCCCGCAGAUCUUUUACACGCACCAAUACUACAUUUCCCACAAUGCAACGGUGACGCACCGAGCAGUAGGCUGCUUCAUUUCAAUAUUUAUUAGCACAGCAGUCGUCAGCAUAACAGUAAAAUUAACUUUCAGAUACCCAUCAAAAAUGGCAAAACGGAAGGUGGACACUGAGAACCGGGGGUUUCAAACAAGGUGGGACUCUGAGUAUAUGUUCACGGAGGUAGCUGGAAAACCUGUGUGUCUUCUGUGUGGAGAAAGUGUGGCGGUACUGAAAGAGUAUAAUCUGAGACGACAUUAUGAAACGAAACACGCGGACAAAAACAAAAUUAUAUUUUAAAAAUAUUUCAGUUGAGUGGAUGAUAGAAAAUUGCUAUUAUUAUUUUUUUCUUUGAAGUAAAUUUAGCCCACUUUUGCUAAAAUAGAAAAUAUAGGCUACUGAUGGUGCCUUGAAUAAUACCGGUUUCUUUCAUUUAAUGUUCAUGUUAUGGGGAUUUUUAAAUAAAGGAAAUUUGUCUUGUGUGUCUGUUGAAAAUUAAAGAUUACUGACAGAGCCAGAAGAAAAUAUUGCUUUAUUUAUCUGAUCAUAUUGGAAUAUAUUUGUUAGGUUUUCAGUAGGUUCAAUUAGGUUCACUAGACUAUAUGCGUCAUUUAAAAAAUUUUCAAUGAACAUUCCAUCAGUCCGGCCCUCGGCUUGUGGCUAAAUUUUUUAUUUGGCCCUCCGUCCAUUUUACUUUGACACCCCUGAAGUAAAGUUACCUAAAUUCAUGAGAGAGAAAAUAUCAAAAUAAAAGCAUGACAGUUGUUCACGAAGUCAUAUCUUCAAAAUAGUUUCUAUCACCGAGCAGGUAAUGCAGAUAAAUCAUAAAUUUAAGAGUUAUUAUAAAUAGGUGAUGAUUUGUAAGAUAACUGUGUGUAUUCCUUAAUUUUUCUUUCAAGUUUUCCUUAAAUAUUAGGAUCAUAUCGUUACUAUCACAAUAUUUUAUGGCCUUGAUUAUCCCAUAGUGAAAAUCUGAUAUCCUGACCUGUGUUGAUUGCUUUAAAAUCUGUCACUUUGUGCAAUGUUUUACCUAAUGUUAUGCCCCCCCUGUGUUUAUAUGGCAUAUCUUUGCACAAACUCAAACAUAAGCCACAAAGUCUUAUCUUUAUCUUUGCCUUCUCAACCUGCCAUGUUUCUACGAUAGCACAGAAAGGACAAACUAGUAAUAUAUGCAUUUUUUUGUAUUAGCAGAGACUGUUUUGCACAAAAGAAUUCAUGAUUAUAUUUUUUUGAAGGUAUAACUUGACAGAGGAUCACACUUAUCAUAUGUCGCAGUAGCUUCUUGUCCUCAAAGGCCACCGUCGCUUCAGAGUUAGAGUGGUGAGCAAGGGAGGGUUUCGGCGAAGACUCUGAACUCUAGAUAUAACACAAUUUUCCCAUUUCUACCUUUAACAGUAAGGAGGCAUUUGUGACUACAACUUACUUUUGUUUCCAUCUAAGACAACUUAAUCAUCUACAGUCUCUUUUUGUCUUUUUUAGGGUGAAAGAGGAGAAACUGGUUUGCAAAGGAGGACACACACGAAGGACAGAGCUGAUUUUUCCCAAGGAUAAAUAA